AUGACAUACACCAACAGCGCCGCCGCCGCCUCGGCUUUGCAGUUCUCAGCCACCUAUCAGUCCCCCGCCAACGAGCCCUUCACCUUCUCCGAACCCCUCCCUGCCCCGCCAUCCUCCGGCCCCGGCGACAAGGCCGCCUACCUAAACGCCAUGCGCAAGUCCAUCAACGCCGCUCAGGAACACAUCAAUAAGGAGCUCACCGCGCGCAUGGAAGAGGACAAGGCCAAGGAGGUCACCAAGAACGGCACUGCACCAAAGUCUGUCGUCGACGAAGCACUCGAGGAGGAGAAUUACGGCGAGGAGGCACCCCCCACUGACGACUGA